GGAGGGGGAGGGGGGCGCUCGAUCCCGCCUACCGUGACGUCAUCACUGCGCCAGUGACGUCAUCGGACGGCGGCGCGAGCGGGGCCGGGACCGUCCCUCCCAGGUCAUUCCCAGUGGUUCCCAGUCCCUCCCAGUGGGUCCCAGUGCUCCCAGUUUGGCCAUGACGAGCGACCUGGACGUGUUUGUGGGGAACACGACGCUCAUCGACGAGGAGGUUUAUCGGCUCUGGCUGGACGGGCACUCAGUGGCCGAGGCGGUGGCCCGGCGGCUCCGGGGGGGUGUCCUGGAGCGGGAGGGGACGUCGGUGGCCGUCCUGCAGAGCGACACCCGCGACCACUACAGAACGUUCCAGAUGCUGGAGCGGCUCCUCCACGCGCCCCCCCGGCUCCUGCAGCAGCUCCUCUUCCAGAUCCCCCCCGAGCGCCAGGCCAUGCUCGUCCAGAG